AUGUCUAAUUUAAGGAAGAGAGGGGUUAGCACGGAUGGGCUAUGUCCGGUGUGUGGCUUGGAGGAUGAAACUAUCCUGCAUGCUCUGUGUAGCUGUAAUGCCUUGAAGGAGGUUUGGAGAUUGUGGAAAGAUUGCCAAAUUGAUUUAGGCGCUAAGUCUUUAGAUUUCUUGGAUACAGCUUUGAAGGUGUUAGCAGCCGGUAAUCUUAAGGAUUUAGAGAUUUUAUUUGUGGUGGCGUGGGCUAUUUGGCAUAACAGAAAUCUGAGGGUGUUUGAGUCGGUCUGUCAGGGGGCUGAUCAAGUUUGGAAUUAUGCAGUUAGUUUGAUCUCUGACUUCAAGGAAGCUGGAAAAUUUUGCUCCUUGGGCCCUAAGGCUGGUGAGGUGAGCUGGAGAAAGCCACCUAAUGGAGUGUUCAAAAUCAACACUGACGGAGCGACGGGUGGAGUUGGCACGCUGUCUAGUAUUGGAGUCAUUGUCAGGGACUACAGAGGCCAGGCAGCUGGUGCUCUCUGCCGUGUUCUUCCUGGCUGCUUUACCGUGGAGGAGACUGAGGCUCUGGCAAUUGAGGCAGGAAUCCUUCUUGCUAGAGAAUUGGACCUUCAACAGAUAAUCAUUGAAUCGGACUCUCUUGCUACUGUGCAGCGCAUUUUAGCUAAGGAUUAUAGUGGGGGGCUCGGUCACAUUGUUAAUGGUAUAGUGAACCUCCUUGAUGGUUUUGCUGGCUGGCAGAUUCGGCACCUGAAAAGGGACUUUAAUAGGGUGGCACAUGAGCUUGCCAAGUUUGCUCGUUGUAAUAAUGUCUGUCACUUGUGGAGGGGUGUUUCUCCUCCUAUAGUUAGGACACUGAUGCACUUGGACUGUAUGUAA